CGAAAAAUGAAAAUGUAUCACUUUCUCACUCUCAUUAGCUUGUAGUUAUAACAAGUUCAACUACUUAAGACAUUGUCUCGAAUCUAGAUUGGGCAUUCAGAUUUUGAGAAAAUGAACAACUAAGGACGAAUUGUUCACUUAUCUCAUUGACUUUUUAUACCCCAAUCCCCGACCUGGUUAGUUUCCGGAAGUCUUGCGAUGUUAUGCCUCUGGGUUUAGAAACUGUGUUGUAGCUAAUGACUUGUAUUUAUAGAAAUCAACGGUAACAUAAAAUACAGUUGUGAGAAAUUGCAUACUCUUUCAAAAGUCGCGCGCACAUGAUGCUCCCAAGCGCGCUGUUCUGUCAGCUGCUACUGGGGCGGCGCACGAGAAAGGUCAACCAGGAACUGAACCAGGAGAACCAGUGUUGGAAUUGAAAUGAGAUAAUUUGAACGACCUACUCAAACGUAUUAUUAGAGUUGACCCAGCUUGGCGUUGUUGUCAUGGAGGAGACGAACAGGGAGGCUGUCGCUACCGCCGUGCAGAGGGUGGCAGGGAUGCUGCAGCGCUCGGACCAGUUGGACAAAGUAGAGCAGUACUGCCGGCGAGAGGCUCGCAAGAAAGCUUCAGUAGAAGCCCGACUGAAGGCUGCCAUCCAGUCCCAGUUGGACGGUGUCCGCACAGGGCUCAGUCAGCUCCAUAAUGCCCUGCGGGAUGUCAAAGACAUACAGAACUCCCUGGCAGACGUCAGUAAGGACUGGAGGCAGAGUAUUAACACUAUUGAGAACCUCAAAGAUGUGAAAGACGCCGUGGUCCAACACAGUCAGCUUGCUUCAGCUGUCGAGAAUUUAAAGAAUAUCUUCUCAGUGCCUGAGAUAGUGGCAGACACCCAGGUGCUGAUUGAGCAGGCUGAGCUGCUGGAGGCCCACCGUAAACUCAUGGAUCUGGAAUGCUCGCGGGACGACCUCAUGUACGAGCAGUACCGAAUGGACAGCAAAAACACUCACGACAUGAAUCUGAUCCGCAACUACUUUGGCGCGGUGCAGGGCCUGUCUGACGACCUGGCCAAGCAGCUGUGGAUGGUGCUGCAGCGCGCCAUGGGCACGGUGCGCCGCGACCCCACCAUGCUGGUUUCAGUGGUGCGCAUCAUUGAGCGUGAGGAGAAGAUUGACCGGCGCAUGCUGGACCGCAAGAAGCAGAUGGGCUUUAUCCCCCCAAGUCGGCCCAAGCGCUGGACAGAGAAGAUGUUUGAGGUGCUGGAGGGCACGGUCACCACACGCAUCGAGGGCAGCCAGUCGGUGACGCGCGAGGCAGACAAGAUGUGGAUGGUGAGGCUCCUGGAGAUCACCAGGAAGUACGUGCUGGACGACCUGAUUGUGGUGAAGAACCUGAUGGUGCAGUGCUUCCCGCCACACUACAACACCUUUGACAGGUUUUUUAAGCUGUACCACAAAGCCGUGUCCAUGCGGGUGCAGGAGCUGGCUGCAGAGGACCUGGAGGCCAACGAGAUCGUGUCCCUCCUCACCUGGGUCCUCAACACAUACAAAAGUGUGGAGAUGAUGGGUCACCCAGAGCUGGUGACAGAGUAUGACAUCCACCUGAUGGAUCCUCUGCUGCCUCAGAAGGUGGUAGAUGAGCUUCUCAGUAAAUACGUCCAGACCUUCACUUCUAACAUCACUGGCUGGCUUCGCAAGGCUCUGGAGACAGACAAGAAGGACUGGUUUAAAGAGACUGAACCAGAGGCGGAUCAAGACGGAUACUACCAGACCACCCUCCCCGCCAUCGUCUUCCAGAUGUUUGAGCAGAAUCUCCAAGUGGCAGCUCAGAUCGACGAGACCUUCAAAGAGGAGGUCCUGAAGCUCUGUUUAAAACAGAUGAAUUCAUUCCUCAUCAGGUACAGGGAAGAGGCGAUCGCCUACAAGGAGGACCACUUGAGAGACCGGCAGCUCCCUCAGUGCUACGUCCAAUACAUGAUCGCCAUUAUAAACAACUGUCAUACGUUCAAGGAGUCUAUUAACAGUCUAAAGAAGAAAUUCUUAAAAUCUACGGAGCCCACCCAGAAUGAUGCUGCCAUAGAGAGGACCCUGAACGAUGUGGCCAAAGAUGGAUGCCAGUUUCUACUGGAUGAAGUUUUCCUGGAUUUGGAGCAUCAUCUCAGUGAGUUGCUGACCCGGAAGUGGUUGACGGGGACCCAUGCAGUGGACACCAUCUGUGUGACCGUCGAGGAUUACUUCAACGACUUCGCCAAGAUCAAGAGGCCUUUCAAUACGGAGAUGACCAGCGAAGCCCAUCGCAGGGUGGUGGUGGAGUAUAUCAAGGCUGUGAUGCAGAAACGGAUCACCUUCAAGAACGCAGAUGAGAGGAGGGAGGGAGCGGACAGGAUGAUUAAGGAGGCUGAGCAGUUCAAGUUCCUCUUCAGGAAACUCACUGCUGGUGAGGAGACUGACCGGCUGUGUGAUGCCAUCGCUGCUAUAGCUGAGGUGUUUAAACUCACAGACCCCACCCUGCUGUACCUGGAGGUCUCCACGCUGGUUUCUAAAUACCCUGACAUCAGGGAAGAGCACAUCGUGGCCUUACUAGCGGUGAGAGGGGACGCUAGCCGAGAAAUGAAGCAGAUGAUCAUUGAGACGCUGAAUCAGAACAAGCCUUCCUACGCCGGCAACACCCGGCCCAUCUUCAAGGACAUCACCGUUCCCACCGCGACCAUGACCUCCUCUAUGGCCGCCACUGCCAACAAACUGCUGAAAUAAAUAACUAGAUUCUGGAGAGAGAUGGAGACACCUGGGUCGUAUUCAUUAAUGCACAAGGUAGAAAAUCAAUUUAACAGAAAAUAAAAAACAAGCGUUCAUUAUUGGACAAGUUUGGAUAGUCCCUCCCUGUUUUAGUGCCUCGUGAUUACGACCCUGGCGCAAAAAAAAAACAUACUGCAAAAAAUCAUCACGAAUCGUGAUUUUUCUUUUCUUUUGCACUUUUGAAACAUUUUCCACAGACCUCCGAUGAAAGGCUGUAGUCCUUGAGGAUCUGUAAGCGUAUGAUACUUGAUGAAUGAACCGUCGAACACUACCAAGUGGUUUGGUUACUGAAAUGAGACCUUGCUCACACCACCCACCCCUCCAUGCUUGCCUUAUACAAUGAACAGUUUGAAAUUGUUUCAGUGUGUGAUGCUGAAUGUCUGUCAGAAAAUCUAUUAAAGAAAUCCUUUCCCCUGUCA